AAAAUUUAACAUUUUCAUCUCAAAUUAAAUAAUAUAUGCAUUUCAGAAAACGGUGGGCUUUCCAUAAAUCUCCCUGUCUCUUGCUCACAGCCACCGCUUAAUCUUAGACAGAUUGAAUAUAAAGGAACUCGAUUCCCUUUCACGUCCAUUACAAACCCAGAUCACGCUUUCUUUUUAAUUCUCUUCUCUUUUUCAAGAUCUCCAGUUCAGAGCCAGCUAGAGUGACCAUGACCGCGACCAAUGGGGAGGUGCAUUCAGUGACUGCCAACGGAGGCUUUACGAAUGAAAAGCCCUUCAAGAUAUUUGUGGGUUACGAUCCAUGUGAAGAUGUUGCCUAUGAGGUUUGUCGCCAUUCUAUUUUGAAACGAUCCUCGAUCCCUGUCGACAUCACCCCCAUUGUGCAAUCAGAGCUCAGAACGAAAGGCCUGUAUUGGCGUGAGAGAGGCCAGCUUGAGAGCACAGAGUUCUCUUUUUCUCGUUUCUUGACCCCGCAUUUGGCUAACUAUGAUGGUUGGGCAAUGUUUGUUGAUUGUGAUUUCCUCUACUUAGCUGACAUUAAGGAAUUGAGGGAUUUGAUUGAUGAUAAGUAUGCCAUCAUGUGUGUGCAUCAUGACUAUGCUCCGAAAGAGACCACAAAAAUGGACGGGGCGGUGCAAACUGUGUAUCCAAGGAAGAACUGGUCUUCCAUGGUGCUGUACAAUUGUGGGCAUCCGAAGAACAAGGUUCUGACGCCUGAGGUUGUGAACACCCAAACUGGUGCUUUCCUUCAUAGGUUUCAAUGGCUUGAGGACGAAGAAAUUGGUUCCAUCCCAUUUGUGUGGAAUUUCCUUGAGGGUCAUAACAAAGUUGUGGAGGGUGACACAACAACAUUUCCUAAAGCAAUACAUUAUACUCGUGGUGGCCCAUGGUUCGAGGCAUGGAAGCAUUGUGAGUUUGCAGAAAUGUGGUUGAAAGAGAAGGAUGAGUGCGUGAAGGAAGCAGAUAAAUAAUUCAAAAGUAGAUAUCAUUCAUCAGCUGGAGUUGUUUUUUAUUUAAUUUUUUUAAAAAAAAAUUAAUGAGGAGGCUUAUCUUCUUGUGCUCUGUUAUUUUUACUUCAUUUGUAAUCUGUAUUAUCAUGCUACCAUGUUUGUAUUUCUUGGCAGCAGAGCUGGUACAAGUGCAUCAUCUGUCCUGAACUCCUCUUAUAUCAGGAACUGCUUUCCUAUGUAUUUAUGAGCAUUUUUUAAGAAA